AUGGGUGGGUACAUGAACAAGAUGGGAGGUGCCAUGAAUGGUGCAUUUGGUGGAAACAUGGGAGGUGGCUUUGGUGGCAACGUGAAUGGUGGCUUCGGUGGCAUAGGUGGUGGCUUCAGCGGCAACAUGAGCGGCAUGGAAGGUGGCUUCAGCGGCAACAUGAGCGACAUGGGAGGUGGCUUCGACGGCAAUAGGAUGAGUGGCAUGGGAGGUGGCUUCGGCGACAACAUGAUGAGUAGCAUCGGAGGUGGCUUCGAUGGCAACAUGAGCGGCAUGGGAGGUGGCAAUGAAGGUGCUUCCGGUGGAGUUCGUGGCAGCGAGACUUCAACGUAUGAAAACGUCGACAAAUAA